UUCUGUUUAUUAUUUUGUUGAAGAUGAGUUUUAUCAAUGUUGAUUGUUAUUGCAUUGAAACUAUUUUCUGGUACGAAGAUGGUUUUUAUGUUACUUAUGAUUAUCAAUAUUUCAUACCAAAUGGCGAAUAUAGACAUUAUUCACUACUUUUUCCAUAUCAGCAAGCUUCUGUACCGCUUGCUUACGGACAUCCAAGUCAAGACGGUUUAUACGGACCGCCAUUAGAAGGAUUUCAGACCCCAAAUUAUUGGUCAGAGGCGGAAGUGGUUUCAAAUGAACCUUUCCAAGAAGAGCAGCAGUUUGAAGUGGCAACAAAUAUACCAGAAUUUUGGCCACGGGCAGAGAUGGAAGAAAAUGAACUUCUAGAAGUUCGUCCAUUUCAAAUACGAAUAAACGAAUCGUAG